GCCGUCUCCCCCGCUCCCCGCAAGCCCGGUCACACCGUUUGUGAGCCAUGGCGAGCACCGAGCUGGACCAGAAGAUCCAGGAUGUCUACAGGCGCAUCCAGACUGAACGCAAGGUGCUCGAGGCAACCCAGCAGCUACGCCAGGCCACGACGAACCAGGAUGUCCUCCGCCGCACCGACGCCCAGAUCCGAGAGGCCGAGCGGUCACUCUCUUACUUCGAGGCCACCCUGCGCGAGCUGCAGAACCGCAAGAUGCAGCUCGCUCAGGGUAAUGAUCCAUCGCGAUUAGCCUCUCCGAACUCGCCACACUCCGGAUUGCCCACAUCACCGCGCGGCGGGCAGCCCGGUCAUCGGUAUACGCGCUCUCAAGGCGGCGGCGACCCUGCGGCAACGGGCGGUGAUCCCUCGUCGAACGAUGCAUGGAGCGCGAAGUCCAAGCAGUAUUCAAACCUCGAUCUCAUCAAGGCGGACACCCCACACACUUCCGCUAAGAUCGCUAAAAUGCUCCAUCAGCUCGAGUUCAAGCUGACGGUCGAGAAGAAGUACAAGUUCGGCAUCGACAAGAUGUCCAAGUUGUACCAAGCAGAAGGCGAUAAAAAAUCGAGGCUGGAUGCCGAAGCUAAGCGCAUCGAGAGCGAUAAGAAGAUUCAAUUGUUGCAAACAGCGCUCAAGCGAUACAAGACUCUGCAUGUUCUUGAUGAUGCUGAUGAUGAGGACGAAGGUGCUCUCGGCGUCGAUGGACAGCGCAAGGACAAUUUACGCGCGAAGCCCCUUUCUGGUAAACUUCAAGUUACCCUCAAAGCGGCUCGCGAGCUCGAACACGCGCCCAUCGUGACGUCCGGCAAGGCUCGAUCAUCCUCCAAGCAGGCUGUGGAGACGUAUGUCACGCUCAAGGUCGAAGGAACACAACACGCGCGAUCCCAUCCAACGCGGACGGAUCGCUGGAUGGAAGACUUUGAGAUACCUGUUGACAAGGCGAACGAAGUGGAGAUCGCCAUCUAUGACAAGCAAGUCAGCGAGCCUCACCCUGUCCCCAUCGGACUGCUCUGGAUUAAGAUCAGUGACCUUGCCGAAGCUCUGCGGCGUCAAAAGGUCAUGAUGGAAACUGGACAAGGAGGAUGGAUGACUGCAGGCGCGAUGGGUGGCGACAGCCCAACAGCUAACCUGUACGGCGGUCCAGGAGGUGGUCCACCAGGCAUGGAUGCGCCGCUCAACUUCAAUAACAACACCGGUGUACCACCCGCCGGCACCAUGGCUCCUAGCAGUCAGUCUGAAGGAAUUGAUGCGUGGUUCGCUGUGGAACCCGCCGGAGCUUUGGCUCUCCAUCUCAACUUCGUGAAGGAGAACGUGCGGAAACGGCCUCUCGACGCUCCCGGUGGUUUGGGCCGUCAAGGCGCGGUACGAAAGCGCAAGGACGAGGUGCACGAGAUGAAUGGGCACAAAUUCGUGCAACGACAGUUCUACCAGAUCAUUCUCUGCGCUUUCUGCAGCGAGUUCCUUCUCAAUGCUGUCGGAUACCAAUGCGAAGACUGUCGCUACACUUGUCACAAAAAGUGUUAUGAGAAGGUGGUCACAAAAUGUAUAUCUAAAUCUGCUACAGGGGGAGAUGAGGAGAAGAUCAACCAUCGCAUCCCUCAUCGCUUCGAGCCGCUGACCAAUAUCGGCGCAAACUGGUGCUGCCACUGCGGCUAUAUGCUACCGCUUGGACGAAAGAAUGCUAGGAAGUGCUCCGAAUGUGACAUCACUUGCCACGCAAAUUGCGCGCACCUUGUCCCCGAUUUCUGCGGCAUGUCUAUGGAAACCGCUAAUCAACUCCUACGUGACUGGCGCGACAUCAACAAGGCUCGAGGAGGUCGGACAUCCGCGCCGCCCCGACAGAUGACGCGCCCGUUACCCUCGGAACCGACACCGGAUAUGUCUCCGGUUCUAGGUGGGAUGGACAAACUGAGGUUGGACCAACCUCCUAUCCUCCCACCGGUCCAGGAUGAACAGAUAUCGACGCCGAGUUUGCCUCCCCAAGACCGUUUCCCUCCCGAUCCCCGUUAUCAGCAACAGAUGGGAUAUCCUCCGACACAAUCUCCUCCUAUGUCGGCACGGCCGCCACCUGCUCGUAUUCAGCCGCCCUCCUACGACCUCCCACCUCCCGGCGCCAUGACCGCUCGUCCCAGCUUCGACCAGAUGCAACAGCAGGGCUAUGAUGCUGCUGUACCUGGACCUGGCUACGCGAGAACUCAACCACAAGUUCCGCCGAAACCGUACGCUGUGGGAGCCGGUGCACCUGUCCCUGGGCCUGCUCCUCAAGGUCGCAUUCCCCCUCCUGACAGGGCUGGCUCUGUUCCACCAGGUCAACAACAGCUAGCAUCACAGCAGCAACGCCAACCGUCGCUUCCUCCUCAACCUCAACAGCCAGUGCAGCCGUCCGUGCAAGCUCGUCCACCUGGCCGCAAGCGGAAAGUCGGCCUAGACGACUUCAACUUUUUGGCUGUGCUGGGUAAGGGUAACUUCGGUAAGGUCAUGUUGGCGGAAGAAAAGCGGACGCAAGGCUUGUACGCCAUUAAGGUGUUGAAGAAGGAGUUCAUCAUCGAUAACGACGAGGUGGAGAGUACACGCUCCGAAAAGCGGGUAUUCAUGACAGCGGCUCGUGAACGGCACCCAUUCCUAUUGAAUCUUCACUCCUGUUUCCAGACCGAAACACGUGUCUACUUCGUCAUGGAGUAUGUUAGCGGCGGUGAUCUCAUGUUGCACAUACAACGCAAGCAAUUUUCUCUUCGACAAGCAAAGUAUUACGCGUGCGAGGUCCUGCUGGCGCUCGAGUACUUCCACGCCAAUGGAAUCAUAUAUCGUGACUUGAAGCUUGACAACAUCCUGCUCACUCUCGACGGUCAUGUCAAGGUUGCCGAUUACGGUUUGUGCAAGGAGGAUAUGUGGUACGGCAACACGACGAGCACAUUCUGCGGUACUCCGGAGUUCAUGGCCCCUGAGAUCCUUCUUGAACAACGAUACGGUCGCGCGGUCGACUGGUGGGCAUUUGGCGUGCUUAUGUAUGAGAUGUUGCUCGGACAGUCUCCAUUCCGCGGAGAUGACGAAGACGAAAUCUUCGAUGCCAUUCUUGAGGAUGAGCCUUUGUACCCCAUCACGAUGCCCAGGGACGCGGUCUCUAUAUUGCAAAAGCUCUUGACGCGCGAUCCCGCACGCCGUCUUGGGUCCGGGAAGAGCGAUGCCGAAGAGAUCAAACGACAGCCCUUCUUCAAGGACGUAAACUGGGACGAUGUAUUCCAUAAGCGUAUCCCCGCCCCUUAUAUGCCUACCAUCAACGGUAUGGCUGAUACCAGCAACUUCGACGAAGAAUUCACGAAGGAGCAACCGACAUUGACUCCCGUUCAUGGGCAACUCUCCGCCCGAGACCAAGCGGAAUUCAACGGUUUCUCUUGGGUGGCAUCAUGGGCUGACGUAUGAGUUGUGUAGAUUUGUCUUGUAUCUCGUACGACCAUAUAUAUUGAAUGCAC